GGUCACCGCUCUGCAGCAGACCCAGGAGACGUCCGGACGGUCUCCUUGUUGGCGGAAAUGACGCCGACCGGUAGAGGGCGUGCAGCGUGCUGACAUCAGCUGCGUGGGCUCCGGUGCUCGGCGGCGGAGAAGAUGGCGGUGAACGCAGUUACAGUUCCUCGUAAUUUCCAGUUACUGGAAGAACUCGAAGAAGGCCAAAAAGGAGUUGGAGAUGGUACUGUUAGCUGGGGCCUUGAGAAUGAUGAAGAUAUGACUCUUGCUAGAUGGACUGGAAUGAUCAUUGGGCCUCCUCGGACAAAUUAUGAAAAUAGAAUAUACAGCUUGAAAAUAGAAUGUGGACCUAAAUAUCCCGAAGCCCCUCCGACAGUUAGAUUUGAAACAAAAAUAAACAUGAAUGGUAUAAAUAGCUCCAAUGGUAUGGUGGACUCACGAUGCAUACCUGUUUUAGCUAAAUGGCAAAACUCAUAUAGCAUUAAAGUUGUUCUUCAAGAACUUAGACGCAUGAUGAUGUCCAAAGAAAAUAUGAAGCUCCCACAGCCUCCAGAAGGACAGACCUACAACAAUUAGUUGAUAUGGGAAUGUUUCCAUACUCCUCCCAACCCCCGCCAUGAAUUUCUAUAAGGCCUGCAAUAUGUAUUGUUGCAUGCCUCUCCAGCUCUGAGAGGGAAAAGCCCUUUCAGCCCUGACAACUAUAAACUGGGCACAGUUUGCACAUGACUCGUCCUUGUUGGCUUGGAUGUCUCCUUGUUUUGACUCCCAUUGGUCAUGGACUUAUGCAAUGUGUGUUGCAGUGAAACCCCUAUACAUCUGCACAAAAGAGAGAAAACGUUUGACAGGAGUGUAGGGGUUCCAACGUAGUAUUAUUUUUUUGGAUGUAGUGUUGUUUGAUCAUUGGGAUUUACACAUUCAUGAGAUUUUUGUUUCUUUCAAGAGCAGCAUCAAUUUCUUUUUACGUAAUAUAGGGUUCCUUUUACUAAGAUUUGCUGUGUGACAUUUACAUUUCUGUGAGAUCAUCCAUAGCAAUAUAGUUCAUACUGCUGGUGUGUCAGCAUGUACUGCUGUUAAGAGGUAUGAUGCAGCGUCUUACAGCAGUUUAAAUUAUAUUUUUAUCUAUGAACAUCCAGUUAUAUGUAGAUAUAAUCUACAAAGAGAGAGAUGGAUAAGUUUGUAAAUGCUUUGCAUUACUCUUCUUGUGCUAAUCCUGGAAACAGCCUGAUCACUUAGGUUCGCUGUACUUUGCCAGGACAUAUUGGAAUUUCGGCACAAUGGUAUGUCAACAUAUAUUGUAGUGUGCCCAUUAAAGGGUUACUCCCGUGGAAAACUUUGUGUUUUUUUUUUGUUUUUUUUUUCUUAAAUCAACUGGUGCCAGAAAGUUACAGAUUUGUAAAUCACUUCUAUUAAAAAAUCUCAAUCCUUCCAGUACUUUUUAGAAGCUGUAAACUAAAGAGAAAUCCCAAAAAGAAAUGCAUUUCCUCUGAUGUCAUGACCACAGUGCUCUCUGCUGUCCAUUUUAGGAACUGUCCAGAGCAGCAUAUGUUUGCUAUGGGGAUUCUCCUCUGCUCUGGACAGUUCCUAAAAUGGACAGCAGAGGUCAGCAGAGAGCAAUGUGGUCAUGACAUCAGAGGAAAUGCAUUUCUUUUUUGGAUUUCUCUUUAGUAUACAGCCGAUUAAAAAGUACCGGAAGGAUUAAGAUUUUUUUUAAUAGAAGUGAUUUACAAAUCUGUUUAACUUUCUGGCACCAGUUGAGUACCCCUUUAACUUUAAUGAACCGAACAGUGCACGUUCAAGAAAGAAGGCCAGUCACUAGUAGACUGUUAGGCCCCUUACAUUAAAUGCAGCAAAUUUGUAUAAAAAAAGGAACAGAAGAAUGACGCUAUCUUAAGUGCAAUUCAUUUUACCACAGAGCUUGUGGGAAAAAGAGUGGAUAUGCACUUCCCUGAUGGUGUUGCGCCUACAAGCACAACACUAGAACGAGCAUUUAGCUCUUGCAGGUCCUUAUGGCUGCCAGGCAUCUGCGACCGAUCAUCAGUCAGAGCGUUGGUAAUGGUACAUAUGCAAGUUGCAAGGAUUUUGUUGAAUCAUUUGAAAAUGGAGAUGCAGCAAUGGUGCCUGAGGUGUGCAGUGGUGAUCAAGGAACGAAUUCCUGGUGCAAAUAAAUGAAAUGGGUUGAGAAUUAAAAAUAAGCUUAAUUUAUCCACAUUGCAAUUUGUUCCUAGAUCACCACUGCACGCCUCAGGCACCACCGCUGCAUCUCCAUUUUUGAGUGAAUGUACUAACUCCUUGCAACCGGCGGAUGUGCCAUUCUGCAGUAAACAUUGUAAUUAAAUACCUUUUUAUGCUUAUAUCCCAAUACUACAAGUAUAAAGCAUCAUGAAUGUGGCCUCAGCUGAGUUCCUAUAAUGCAGUUUAUUUAUGAUUUUUGCAUCAGAUUGCCAGCGCCUGGUGUAAAUACAAAACCUCCCAGAAAUUAUCACCAAGGCAAAUGAACAUGAAAAGGAUGCUGGGAGAUUUCUGCUCUGAAGCAUACAUCUUUAUAAGAGCAGCUGUAAUACAAUCUGUAGAAUAACAUUAUAUGUAAACUUUUAAAUGCUGUUCACCGCUGGAUAUUCUCUUUAAAUGUCAUGCAGGAAAUAUUAGGAAAGUUCUCCUAUUAAAGUGUUACCGUCAUUAAAAAGAAAACUUUUCAUGUGUCACAUGCAGACAUCUCAAACGUUUUGAUCAGUUGGGGUCUUGGUCUCAAGACCCCCACCGAUCUCUAGAUAUAGCCAUAAAAAACAUGCGGCGGCACAGCUCUCUACCUAGCUCAGUCCUUCUGAUUGCAGGAAAUGGGCUCUAGUCUAUGGACUUCUGCAAUUGGAUGGACUGGACGUCCUGCCAUUCCAUCCUAGCUAUAUCUAGAGAUGAGGGGGGACUCGGCACUGAGACUGACUGAUUAAAUAGUUUUUAUUUUUAUUUUUUAUGACUGUAACGAUUUAAGGUGUCACAGUAAACACAGGUUCAGAACAAUCACGCCUAAAUGAACUGAAUGUACUUUAAUACGUUUCUCCUAGCUAGCACCUGAUAUUCACCCAGUUUUUAGAGAAAUGUUUUUCAAAGAUGGUUCUUUUCUGAGAUGUGUAUUAACCAUGAAGCAAUAUGAUUGUGUAAAGUGGGUCAUUGCCAACUAGACAGCCAACACUUACUGUGAACAGAUGAGACCUCUGCGCAUCCCCUAAGAGUCUGUCUCUUAUUAGCUCCGAGACAGAAAGCUCUAUAGUCCAAAAUCCCUCAGGCCCAGUUUUCAAGCCUUAGAUUGGGCACAUAAAUUGUGCCAUUCAUAACCAGCUUUAGUCCUGUAGCAUCUCUCACAAUCUGGCCAGCUCGCCUAUAUAUAGAUGGAAAGAAUUAUUUUGAACAGGAUCUUUUUUUAGCUGUUUGUGGAACAUGAAAAUGCAGAAAAUUGCCUUGUUCUUAUUGUUUCCUAAACUUAGCUACUUCCCUCAUACGUGUUAUAUAUGGGGCCAAGUAUAGAAUCAUAUUUUAAUGUUCAUGAUUUGGGUAUGAUUGGUUGUACAGUAUUAUACUGUGGUAUGGUUGGCAUUAUUUCAGGAUGGGGUCAUUAGCUUCAAAGUGCAAAGUGUCACAGUUACUAUGGAUAUUUGCACUUUUGGCAAUUGCACUUCUACACAUUGUCAGUAAAUAGACCCUGUUGUGUUGUAUUCAUUUACAGGGCUUAGAGAUGAGCACAGCAUGAAUAUCUUCUUACAUGUAAAGGGAUCAUUGGACACUGGCGGGGCAGAUAGACGGGCUACACGUGUUGCUUUUCCUGUUCCUAGGGCCGUGUUAGAAUGUUUUUGUUUGCUUCAAGCUGUCAUGCAUCUGUCACAAGAGAAAAGUGUGAAGAUAUGGAAGUUAAUAUAUAUUGCACUUAGACAAAUAUCUGAAAAGAAAACCAAUUCUAUAUGCACCCUGUUUGGCAAAGGGAAUGCUGUUAUUAAGUACAUUGCAGUGAGAACAUACGCUGGUGUUUCUUUUGCGAGAGUCAUAGAAGCAGACUAGGAGACCAUGUUGUGUCAAAGUGUGUUCAAACCGAAUCUUGUUCAUUGAAUUUGAGAUAGUUAACUCUAAAGCAGCUCGUGUUUGUUACUUGUAACAGACAGAAAACAUUUGUUUACAGCCUUUAUUCCAAUAAACUGCAUUCUUAUACAGCAGAUGUAUAUGAAAAGGAUAUGGAUAAUGUGACCUGAGGCUGAAGCUAGUCUUACAAUGUAAAUAAAAUGUUGAAAGUGA